AAUGAAUGACAACAACAACAAACUUAUGUUAGGUUAGGACAUCUUGAUGCACAUUCGUUUAGCCAUUUGCUUGAACCAAAUCAAAUAAGAGUUUUGUAUUUAGGUGAUGGCAAGACGUGGCAGUGAAAUUUGUCCCAUAGAUCUUUCCGAUGAUGAAGCUUCUCAUAAAAAGAUCAAUGUAAACAAAAAGAAAAAGAAGAAGAGAGAAAGACUGGAAGCACCUUUCAGCAGCAACUCAGGCACCUUGAUUUCAGGAAAGGUUAAAAAAGUUACUGAUAAUACUCUAGCUGAUCCGAAUUUAUUCCUGAAACGAUUGGAUUCAGUUGAAGAGAAGUUAGAAAAUGUCCAGCACUUCGCAGACUCUGGUUGUAAUAAUUUUGUACAACAGAGGGAGGCGAAAGAUAUUGAAGAACAAUGUGGAAGCCUUGAACAUCGUGUCGGUGAAAUGGAAAGUUUCUUAAACCGUUUGGCUCAAGCAUUUAAUGUGACCAUGAACCAGCCAUGCAAUAAUGCACUAGAGGAGAGAACUUGUGAUGAUAUCCGUCCACUUUCUAGUGAUCAACCUCCUGCAGACGAAAUUCUCAAUUCGCUUCCAAGUCAAACAACUACACCAAAUGCUGAAAACGAUGUAUUUGCAGCGGAAAACUCAGAACUUGAAACUAAUCCUACCCCAGGAAAUGUAGCUCUUUUAAAUACAGACAAACGUAAUUUUCAGGAAUCCAUUGAUUGUUAUGCUGUCUCUAAGAGUACUCAUACAACAAAUGUCAGUACUGAUUAUUUACAUCACAGUUCUGUUAGAGAAGAAAUUAAAGAUCAGGAGGAGCAAAAAGCUGCUUCCCAUUCAGUUGAAUGGGAAACAGUUGUGAAUGCAUCAAAUGGAAAUUGCACAGCAAACAGUAACGCUUUUGAGGAGUAUGUUGAAAACCAAGAAAAUGUUUCCAAUCAAAAUAAUGACAGUGAGGAUGUUAAGCCCCUCAUUCCGUUACCUCCACUCGUAUCAAUUAAAGAGGAGAUCAGCUACUUAAGAGAUGAUCAGGGUAGAAUCCUGAUGUACCUCUAUUGUGCAGCUAAAAAAAUAAAUCGGGCCUCUUCCAGAAUUGCAGCUGUAUCUGGGAUGUAUCUUACUGAAACUCUAUAAUGUAUGUGUGAUGAUUAUUUCAUCAUGCUCUUGGCAACACUUUGUGCCAGCUAUGAAAUCUGGUAGAUCAUAUCCAGCUUUUUAUUGCUGCUCUUGUGAGACUCGUGACUGUCCACACUCUGAGAAACGAUGGAAAACUGAAGAUUAUUUAGGGAAAUCGCAGAUUGAUGUACUUCCAGAAUUGAUGAUGUCAAAGAAGACGAUGCGGGUGCAUUGGUGCAAGUUGGAGCAGCUAAGUAAUGAGGAGAAGGCAACAUUUAACGCCUACAAACCUGUUGUUGAUGGAAUGCUGAAUGAAAUAAUUGAAGUUAGCAAUUUGCCAGGCAUUGAAGUCAUGCCAAUUUGUUAAUGAGCUGCAUUUUUAUUUUUAUUUUUAGCCUAUACAUGACCUGUCUUUUAUUUUAAUUUGAGUGGCUUUGCCCUUUUUUACACCACUGUCUAAAAGUGAAAUUUUAUCUUCAUGAUGAAAUAUGUGAUACCUUACUCUGGUGAAGAGAACCUAAUAGAGGUUGAAUGUUUCCUAUGGAGAACUAGUUUGAUAUGCCCUUUUGUGAAGGGAAUCUCUGUGAUAUAUUUAAAUACACAUAAAAAAUGGCCAAUCUCUUAAUCUAUUAGAUAUCUACAUGUCUUACAUCUGUAGAUAUUAGAUACCGGUUUAAUAUCUGUUUAUUAAUUUUCAAUCUGUGUACAUCUCACUCUUGUAAUAAAAUUAAAGGGGUGCUUAAAAUUUAUUGCAA